UCAUGCUGCGUGGGAGUGUGAGUGCUGUAUAAGCAUCCUCAUUCACUCUAAACUAUAAGACACUCGUGGACUGUACCAGUUGAUAUUCCACUUUAAUGAACCAGAGGAACCUUUGAAGCCUAAAGGAUAAAUUGUCAUCUACAAGUUUUGAGUCAACCAUCUCUUCAGCAGCCAUGGGUGCAUUUGUUGCCAAGAUGCUGCUUCCUACAGUUAGCAGCCUGGUGUUCCUCCCUACAGCCAGUGUGGCUGCCAAGAGGGGCUUCCACAUGGAGGCCAUGGUCUACUUCUUCACCAUGUUCUUUACUGCGAUCUACCAUGCAUGUGAUGGACCAGGUCUCUCUAUCUUGUGUUUCAUGAGAUAUGACAUCCUGGAGUACUUUAGUGUUUACGGCACAGCACUCUCAAUGUGGGUCACACUUAUAGCUCUGGGUGACUUUGAUGAACCUCAGCGCUCCACUAUGACUAUGUUUGGAGUGUUGACCAUCGCUGUGAGGAUCUACCAGGAUCGCUGGGGCUAUGGGAUCUACUCCGGACCAAUCGGAUCAGCUGUCUUCAUCAUUACUGUCAAAUGGCUGCAGAAGAUGAAGCAGCUGAGGGCAGUUUAUCCAGAGAAGACAGUGUACACACAGCAGGUCGGUCCAGGCUGCUGCUUCGGUGCUCUCGCUCUAAUGCUGCGCUUCUACUUUGAGGAGUGGGACUACGCCUAUGUCCACAGCUUCUACCAUCUGUCUCUGGCUGUUUCCUUUGUGCUGCUGCUGCCAAAGAAGAAUCGCUAUGCAGGGACAGGACAAAAUGCUGCUAAGCUCAGCUGCUUCACUCUCUGUUGCUGUACCAUGUCCCCUGGUACUUCUAAAGACAAGAAAGACAAGCCAAAAAAGAAGUCACGUCGGACAGUGUGGACCAUCCCCACGGAAAAGCCAUGGGCACAAGGCUGCAGCACCCCCACGCUGCCACUUUACAGCCCUCCACCAUCCACACCUGUCAAAGGGACCAGUAUCAGUAAGCUCAAAGAGAUGAACGGCUGGAAGUGAACCCAAAAACACACCCACAUAUCAGUGUGAGUAACAAAGGAGGACUUCAUCUAGAAGGACAGGUGCAGAUAAAGGUCUGAAACUGAAAAAAUCACCAAAUAACUGUCAGCCAAAUGCUGAUAACCUUGUAUAUGGCUGGUAAGUUCAUCUACUUCAGCAGGAAAGCAACAAUCAUGUGAAUGUUCCUUUCUGCUCCAAGAAAUCAUUUUUGACUGGUAGAUUAUUUAAGAUCAGCACUGACUUUAGGAAUCCACCAGCAGAUAAAGAAAUAAAAGCACAGAAUUAGGGCUGUGGUGCCCUAAAACACCGAUUUAAAAAAAAAAAAAAAAAGGCCGUCUGAAGCUGAGGACAGGCAUCACACUACUAAAGAACACACGCAGCACGAACAGGGAGACGGUGGCUGAGACAAGCCAGUAAAACUGACUAGAAAAUUUAUGAGAAGAACAAACAGGCAGAUGGUUUAUCUCUCCAAAAUAUAUAAAUUGUCUUUAGAAAUGUUCCUCAUGGGAGACCCUUCGUCUGCUCGCCUCUGUCUGCCCUAUUCCCCUCCUCUUUUCUCUUUCCAGUCUCUCUCAAGGAAAGGAACCACGUGGCCUGUGAGAAUUAUAAGAUUGUAAAGCAACUUUUGCAUUUUAUGCAUCAUUGAGGUGCCAAAUAUGUCAUGUGGAGCAUCAGUGAUGGAAAGUAGUGGCCCAGACAUCAGUCUGACUG